GGAAGUCGAAGUAGAGACCUAUUAGGCACAUUGAUCUUCAGUGAAUUACUACAAGGAGUAGAACUACUUCAGAGCAGAAUCUCCUAGAAUCCCUUAGAAGAAUACUACAUACGACAGUCUCCUGCUUUAUUGUUAAAAAUACCGGCAAGACGAAGAGAAAAAGAAUGUCAUCGUCACAGCCAGCUGACGACUCGUCUGGCUCUGGGUCGGGCUCGGGAAGCAGCGACGAGAAGUCAGAGCGGUCGUCGUCCUCCGUCUCGGUGACCGGUUCGUCUUCUAGCAUUAAGUAGAAAUUGAAAUCUAUUUUUCUGUUCAAUCACACCCAGAACAGAAAAGAACUAGUAAGUACUUCAACUCUGGCAACCACUUAACUUGUUUUGUCAACAGAAUAUAAGCUACUCAAAAGGAACUCAAAGCAAGAGCCUCCUCCUCCUCCUCUAAUCCUUACAAUAGUAACUCGUCCAGUGACGGAGUUGUCGAUGAAUUUUCCGAUGGGGCCGCGUCGUCUGCUUCCAGCUCUCAGAAAAAGGGUAAAAAUGGGGGUCGUCCGAGUGCUGCAAGUCGUGCCGAGUCCUCUGGAGGGACGCAGCGUGCGAGCAAAAGGAGCUCACAACGUCCGAGCAAAAUGGGAGCAGUUUCUCCAGAGGGCGCAAGUAGAAGUAGUCGUGCAGGAGCUCCUUUUGGAGGAUCCAGCACGUCGUCGCCUUCGCGUGCUGCCGGUAAAAAGACGAAAAGCAUGAUCAGCCUUUCUGCAGCAGAGCUUCCGAACUUUCAACAGAUGGCAGAGCGUCCUCCAACACGGGACAAGGCUGCUGAGCAGAAGCGAAGGCUUAGUCAAAUGCGACCCCGUAAAAAGAAGAAAAAGCACAAAAAGGACCACGAAGCAGCAUCUCCAAAGCCACCGCCAUCUCCAAGUCGGACGCCUGGCGGUCGAGCGUUGCCUCCAGAGCCGAAGAAGCAACACGUGACCGUCACAAGGUCCCGACCCCCCGCGCCAGGUGUCGUCGAUUUUCUCCACGUUAACUACAUGCAACAGUUAAGGCCUCCCCUAAGCAACUAAAUACAAACAAUUUCGUCUGAUAAUAAUUAAGUCAUCUCCUCCUUUAGCAGGCUUUUUUUCGAUUUUCCCCUUCUCUCUGAGGUGUGCUGCAAAUCUUGACUGGCUUCUCCCUUUCUAUAAGGUUGAGGCUUAGGCCCAGCGGCGCUCAAAGCACUAAAUAAAACAGCCGGUUAGUUUUUACCUCUAGAGAUCUAGCCCUUUCAACAAUAUAAUGAAGAUCGCCCGGAGCACAUAAUUCAUCUUGUUCUUGUUGAGAAGAUGAAGAUUGAGAAGCUGAAAAGUUCCGGUAUUUGGUAUAGCCUGAUUUUGAUCAUGAUAAGGAAAAACCAGAAGAGAAUCCUUGUGAUCAAAUUCAGGUUACCAAAUACCGGAACCAUUCAGCAGCAUCGUCGUUCUGUGAUUUCUUGGUCCUCUCCUUGGUUGUGGUCCUUUUUCGACAAGGGGAAAAGACGUCAAAGUCAAAGAUUGAGACGCUCUCUUUUUUCGAUAUUUUUUAUAGGUAACAAGGUCUUCUAACUCACGCAGAAGCAGUCCGUUUGCAGCAGCUAGAAAGUGAGCACAUGGUGUAUUGGGAUGUCUUCUACCGUGGGAUGGAUCUAGGUGGGGAAGCUUCGACCAGUACAGGGGAUAGCGGCAUUCUAUCGCAGAACAGCACCUUUGCGCCAAUCGCUGGCAAGUUCGUCAAAGCCUUGUCACGCGUUCACACCAGUCUGCUCACGAAAGCGACAACGAAGCGAAAGAAACAGCGGCCCGACGACUCUGACGACGAUCCAGAGGCCGCCGCUGCUGCAGCCGCCGCAAAGGCGAAGCUGGAUUCGGACAAGGCACUCAUAUCUUGUGUCAGACAUGGUCGCAGCGCUUGCAGCUUGAUCUGCAAUACUGCGAAGAUCUACAACUCGAACUACGCCAUGGAGAACGUCGUGGAUCACUCAGGAUCUAAGAACCAGGCCAACCCUCACGGCGCUAGUGCGGGGACCGCUUCGAAAAUCCUCUUUGGGGGCGACGGCGUAUCGGACUCCGAGAGCGAAGAGGAUGAUUUAGCCUACGUGGACGCAGCAGGGCCAAUGGGGGACUUAAACAAGUUAUCAUGUAAAAUGUACUAAAAGUAGUGGUCAAUCUUCUGAAUCUGUCUUUGAGCACCAGUUGUCGAUGAUAUCUUCAGUACUGGUAGCAUCGCUGGUUGCACCAUUAGAAGCAGACCACAUGUUUCAUACAACUAUGUAUUACUUCUAGUACUAGUUGUAGAUCAUGUAGAAGACCACAGUCUACUCUGCCUCUUCUUGACUUUGGCAACUUCUCGUCUCACGACCUGACAACUCUAAUGUAUCGCGCAACCGCCCGCGCUACCACCAUCAAGGAGCGUUUAACUGCUCGCCGGAGCUCGAUCAAUAACGAGAGCGAAGCACGCACAUCGCUGACGAAUCCAAUCGCGAAUUUCAAUGCCGCGAAUGCAGCAAAAUUCCUUGAUCUUUCGUCUGAAGCCAGUCGUGUUGUCGCCGAGUUGCUUCCGGUGAUUCUAGACAGGCUCUUUUUAAGGCUGUACCUAAUACAUCUUUGGACGUAUCCUUGGAACAACGUAUGGAGGAGUAUCCCAAGCGAAUACUCCCCCAUACUUUUCAAGGAUGCACUUGAAAGAUGAAUUACGGACAGCUCUAAUCUUUCCGACUUCAAUCCCGGAAGGCGCACAGUGGGGCGCCGCCUGUGAAGAGAACUGCUCCUUCUCGAAGAUUCGUCCGGGUAUUACGUAUAUGGAAUUUCUCCAGCGCAUGCAUGACGACGUGCUUUCGAUCGACGUUUCGACACUGCCUAACGGAAAGGUUCUCGUAGAACAGCUGCAGAAGGAGCGGAAGAAACUGGAGGAAGAAAAUGGGACCACUGAUCAAGAGGAAGAGGCAGCUGAUGGCACGGCGAAUACGUCGACCGGAAAGGGGGACUUUGCAGUUGCGUCAGCAGCACGCCAGUCGUUCGCAGCGACGAGCAAAAGUACACUUCUACUGUGUCUGCUCUUCGAUAUAUAGUAGAAGUGUACUUUUAAAGGAUAUAUACGCAGAGUAGUUUAUAGCACGCAUGGUGCAUGGAGUGCAUGGAGUAGCUGUUGUAGGUCACGAAUUCUGAAUCGUUAUUCCUUGUUGUUCAACUCCCCAAUUAUCAAUUAUGUUUGUGAUACGAAAUUUCCAUGAUGCGAAGUUUCCAAACAUCGCCUAUUUUGAUUGUACAAAAGUACACUUCUACUGUGUGUGCUCUUCGAUAUAUAGUAGAAGUGUACUUAAAGGAUAUAUAGUUAGCGAAUCCUUGCGAAGAGUACACACAGGCUACCUUGCGAGCGUAAGUCGAUGUGUUACUCUAUAUACUCAAAGGAUACAUUAUAGUUAGAUGAGUACUAGAUCUAAGACGCUGUAAUAUGGUUUCGGUAUUUUUUGGUAUAGCCUGAUUUUGAACAACAUAUGGGAAAACAAGAAGAGAAUCCUUGUGAUCAAAUUGAGGCUGCCAAAUGCCGGAACCAUUCAAUUACAAUUUUUGUCUCCAUGAUCAAGGCCAGCCAGCGCUUUUUCCUUCUCACGAAUCGAUCCUCUCCAAAUUUCUACUUACAACAGUGCUGGCGAUGAUGACGGUUCCCGAAAUCGAGCUGUUGUACUGGGAAAUUUUAAACCCCGAAAAGAUAGUGGACGCAGAAACCUUGGCAUUACUGCAGCCCCGGAAUCAUGUGCCGUUGAAAACCACGGAUGAGGCAGACCGACGCAGAUGGUUGCACGACGAUCCUGCGGCGAGUCGUGGUAUUGAUUAUUCUUGUGAAGAUUGAAGGUUUUCUGUUCUUGUUCUUCGUUAAGAACCUUCCAUGAACCACCACCAAGGAACAAGAGGAAUCUUCAUAUCGAUUCUGUCACUCAGUCUUAUUCGCAAAUCUCGCAUCUUCAUCUCUUCCUGCAGGCGCCGGUGGAGCACCUGCGAAGAGAACUAAACUGGUGAAAGCAGCACGUAUGAAUUUCAUUCGAAGCAGAAUGGCCCUAAAAAGUGUACCACGUGUGUACUUGACGCGACAUCACGUUAUGCGCUUUUUGGACAUGCUAAGACGAGAGCUGCGUGACGUUGAGAGGUCUAAAGUCCGCAGGAAUUGGGAAGAGGCCAACAGUGUAUCUAUGACUUCCUUGUCGUAGUGUACUACUUAAAUUUAGUUACUUAGCCUCUUCACUCGUUUUGGUUCCCUUGAGUUCGAUGUAGAUGAUGAAGUUGAUGGCUAAAAUUCGAAUAGCACUUUCACCUAGUACACGACUUCUUGGAAGUUGUUUACCUCCAAAAAUCACAAUAAUCAUCAAUCACUGAAGAUAAUGACUCAGACUCUUUCCCAACAACGUUUACGUUUUGUUGAAGCACAAUAGAUACUUUUUAUACUCGUUUAUUUCCACAAAAAUCACUACAAUCUCAACAAUCUGAAUCUAAAUCACUCUCCACCACGAUGACCACAGUUGCUCGACAGCAUGGUGCGAAACGAAGGUAACUUGUCUUUUGCUUGGCGCCAUUACCUAGAUCCGAAGAUGCGGCUGCAGCCGAUCUCCUACCCGAUGUUCCAAAAACUCAUGUGUCAGAAACUGACGUGCAAACCCCAUGUCGUCAGGGAUCUGUGGCAUAUGCUGGUGGACGACAGCGAGGAUAUGAUGUCUUUGGAGGACUUUGACAAUGAAGGUUUCGGGCUCCUCGGAGACUUCGCGAGACUCGUCUUUAUGAAGAUCAGCUUUUUCCAAUUCCAUCGAGGAGCAUCUCGGUAUCCUCAUCUUCUCCCAUGAUUAAAUACAGGAGUUGCAUCUUUUUUCCAUCCGGCUUCAUGGGGGGACAUUAGGGUAGUGAGUGCUUCAUGGAGGGUCUGCUCCCAUCAGGAGCAUCUCGAGAUAGGCAUCAUUCUUUUCUAUCUUUUUCUCAUACACGGGAAAAGGUAGCGAGGACAUGAGGGGGCCGAGGUGGGUUCAACCCGCACACUCUAACGCGAAUCGGAGAUAUCUAGACCCCGCACAGCUGUUUUACGAGUACGACCCGCAUCAAAAGUUGCAGCUUUCCCGCGACUCAUUGCAAGACAUGUGCGAAGAGCUUGGCCUUUUUCUCGGUAGAACUAGUGGUAGCCAGGAAGAGAAGGAACAAAGAACGAUUAAGGCUUCCAGGAAUCCAUCUUCACGUUAAGUAGGCUCAAAAGAAUUCAUUUCUACCACUCAUUUCUUGCAGUUUCCUUCUUGGGAUUCUGAAGAAAUGCAGGCAAGAAAUGAAACGUUUUGAGCUCAGCAUCUUGGGGCACCUCUGUCUCCAGGGGAGAAUAUACAGACCGAAGAUGACUGUCAAGAUGGAUUCCGGGAAGAUCUAAGACGAAUAAGAUCCGGACGUCAGGCAUUGCAGAUGGCGGCGUUGCAGCAGCGAAGGCGUCUAGUGGAGGAAGACAAAGCUCCUCUAGUCGAGAUCAAGUGUCGUCGGAGUUCGUCGACUACUUGUGGAUAUCCUUGUCGAACGCCGAACAUAACGUGAUCCACUUCGACGUUUUUUGCCGAAUGAUCGAAGGAAUCGCGACACAACGGAGUAGCAAACUGGCAAUCAGCUGUUUUCCAGAGGACAUCAGUUUACAGUUCUGCCGCUGGGUGCGAACUGUGUACGGUAGUCCGGUUACGUGCUGGAACUACAUUAUGGAAAUCAGUGGCGCCGCGACGACAGGAAGCGCAGCACGUGCACAGCGUGGGAAGGUGCUUCAUCCAGAUUAUGGUCUUGUUGAACAGUGAUUCAUCAUUAUCGUUCUUUCUUCUGUUUAGAUUCAUCUUUUUGCUCACAUUACUUAGGACGAACAUGGAGAAGAACUGCUAGUGCACAUCCACAUCUCACUCUGAUGUAACGAGCGAAAUAAGAAGAAGAAGUUCUAGUGCGCGGCAUCCACAUCUCGCUUUCUUCUUCUCUAAUGUAACGAGCGAAAGAAGAAGACGACGCGAGCGUCACGGGCACGCGCUAUUGCCAAUCGUGCUUUUGGAGAAAAAAAUAAGAGUCCAUAUGCGAAUAUGACAACGAAACCUAAGAAAGAGGACGAGUCGCAAUCUGCGGACGGCGCUGGGCACAAGGGUAAAGGGUCUUUUAUGCAAGGUCGUUACCCAACGAGUAUCGCCUUCGAGAUGUUUAAGAAAACGCUUCAGUUCAAGAUGAACUACAAUGCGGCUAUGGCCGCUCGCGUGGCGGACGUAAUAGGCACGCGGUGUCGCGCUCGCCGUUUCUGGACGCACCUGGUCCAUAAACUGCGUCUAAAGCGUCAUUUCUACAGAGCGGUCUUUGGAGUGCGUGCCACAGCGACGCGGAAGGAAUUAUGGCAACUUCCACCAAGAAGGCACCAUCCUCAAGAACGUCAUCCUUGGCUCUCUUUCACUUCACAAGGGGGAAAACGAAAAGUAAAAGGCGCCAAGGAUGAUAAACUAACCUAAAUGAUAUUUAUAGAUAUAAUUAAUCCAUAUCAAGUUCAAGUCGCAGGAUAAUGUAUAUACCUACUUUACCUUCCUCACAAUCUUUCCUAGUUAGGUUGGCUCCACCACACACAGACAUAUCGAGUACUAGGAUGUUGUUGAUGGUGUUGCGAAGAACUAGUACAACGAGGUAGCUCCUCUAAGAGAAGGUCGCUCAUCCAUAGGAGCGUCGUUACAGUCUCAGGACCAUGAUGACGAAGUGGACGACGAUGAUCAAAUCGCAACGGCUGCGGACCAACUCCGUGCCCUGUAUGCGAAUAUGCUCAUGGACGGCGCAGCUGAUGAAAUUGUGCCAGCACUUAUUAUGGUGACUUAUUGGUAUUUUAGAGAGGAGCCAUCUGUUAUUUCUGUAGACUGAUGAAGAUACUUCUGAACUUGGCUGCAGCAUCUAGGAGCUGAACAAGAUUCAUCUAGGACAUGUUUUAAACGGAAAACAAGGGUGUAAGCACCAUAAGAGGAUGCAUCUCAAUCUCAUCGAGUCGGAUCAUGCUGGUGUGCUCUAAUCUUCCUGGCAGAGGCGCGAAGAAACAGCGUCAGGCGCCAGUGGGAGCAAUGCCACCGUGGGCGUCGAGGAGUAUGGCUGCAGAACAAGACUUCGACAAGAAUGCAGACCGUCCGUCCAAAAAAGAAGCAGAACCGCUCUCGCACUACUUCUCUGAGUUAAGGCCACAUCAAUAAAAGUACUAUCGAUAUAAAAGUACAUGCUGCAGCAUACAUACUUGAUGUAGUAGGUUAAUGAAAAUAAUAAUCUUUUCAUAUUACAACUCUCCUUCUCCGACGAGUUAGGUGGAGGUGGACGACUCUACCAUUAUUAAGUAUAUACAUGCUCCAUCAUCUUCAUCGUCCAAACAAGGCUUCAACAAGACACCAAUAAAUGAAAGUCUAAUAUCGAUUAUAUAUUACACGCUGUUCUUUAUAGUUCUUUCUCUUUCUCUUUCCUCUUAUUAAUAUUACACGCUGUUCUAUAUAGUUCUUUCUCUUUCUUCGAAGGUCUAACUCAGGCUGCAGAGUACAUGUCCGAGAAGCACAGGGAGUUCCGACCGUCCUGGGUGCGGCAAAAGGAAGAGGAAAACUACAAGUUGGAGAGUAGGCACGAAAGUCGAGAGCGAAGGCGCGAGGAGCGCGAAGGCUCACCAGGAGAGGGCUCCUUUUUGGCCGAGACCACCGCGUCUACGAGGAGACGGAGUCCUAGUCACGCCAGCGUUGCUAUUCUCAAAAAGGGCGAGGGCUUCCUGGAAAAGAGAGCAGAGCGUGCUCGUUCUCUUUCGAGAGGAUCCGAGCAUCGUAGGCAUUUUUCGAGGCGUCAUCGAAGUGUGAAGGAUGCUGGUACGGUGGCCUCGCGCGCGCGGGCGCGAGCCACCAGAAUGAGCCGUCACUCAGGUGACGAGAGCAGCGAAGUUGACGGAAGAGCGUCGCGCGGUGAUGUGACGCCUGAAGGAGGCGCAACUUCUGAUGGAGAUCUCGGGCAUUCGUCAGCCGGUGAUAACCGGAGCCAAGACGGUGCACCUCCCAGUGACCUAGGCAGUGGGCGCGCGCAAGCAAAUAUGGGAUUCAAUGCAGGUGGGGCGCACCAGCGUGAUUCUAGAGGAGCAGUAAAAAGGGGUUCAACAGUUGGACCUCCACGGUCGAGCAAGCCCGGUCGGUCGAGCGGUGCUGCAGGAACAGCACAUCAAGGUGGACCGCGGUCGAGCGCCGCCAAUAGUCUGUUCUUCAUGCCAGAAUAUGCAAGCGGAAGUGAGGACGAGUCCUCCUCAGAGUCUGGCAGUGGAAGUGGAUCUGGGAGCGGAAGUGGCAAAAGCAGCGAGGAGGGCUCUGGCAGUGGGAGUGAAUCUGGGAGUGGAAGUGAAGCCGAGUCGUCUGGAUCCGGUUCGGGUUCGGACAGCGGAGAGGAAGGCAGACAUAGUUCUUAAGGCAGCUACCGCGGCUAGAAUCCAGCUAGUAGUCCUCUAUAGGGAAGAUGAUAUCGUCCUUCAACCGUAACCGUAUGCGCCCCACUUAUACAAGGGGAAUUAUACCGACGCAUGAUACGCUUGAGGGAUUUCCACGACCGGGAUGAAUAAGUAGGGAGAGGUCCUCUAACAUAGAAGAAGACCACGUCGCAACAGUGCAGACCACAGCCAGGAGUCACCCAGGACAGGCGAGGACGACGAAGAAGAAGGGUCAGGAAGCGAAGACGAGGAUCUCAGCAAGUUCAUGGACCCUCGACACAAGAAUAAGAGAGGAUCUAAAGGUCAGGAGGAUGAUACAGCUCGUAUUGCUUCCAUCGAGGACGGCACUCCUGCAGGUGACGCAGCAGCAGGCGCACCUGCUGAAAACCGUCGCGUUUCCUUUGGUCGGAGCGAAGAGGAGAAAGCCUUAGAUCGGGACCGCCUGAACCGAUCGAUGAACUUGCGCGCGAUGUAUACAAAUGCGUACAUUGGAUCGUUGCAUAUGCGCGAACGCGAAAAAAAUGCCAUUGACGUUCGUGGUUUUGUGGACUUCUACCACACGACCAUGCUGCUUGCGUCCUAUUUGAACCAGUCCUACGCACGCAGAGUUCUCGUAUACGAGCAGAAAGUUCUGGCACCCUCGUCCGAACAACAGGGACAGCACUUGGUCAAAACUGAUUCCCAAGGAGCAAAGAAAAGGGCAAGCCAGCAAGCUCGAGAAGCUCCGCCGGUUUUGUUCAAGAGCAAUCUGCACGCUGGUGAGCAAGUAGCCCGCAUGCACGCAAUCCGAAGUGAAUUUGGCAGGUGGAUGUCGGAUCCGUUGAGAAACUUGUGGAUGGAGCUGAAGGCGUUGAUACGUACAGGGAGAAGCCUUCACGCGGAUCCAAACUCGUGCUACAUUCCUAAGGAACGCUUUCUCUUAAGGGGCAACACAAUUGGGAUUGUCGUGAUUCAUAUAUUUUUUACCAGUCAUUUAUCUAGUGCCAGUUCAUUUAUCUACCAGUUGUCAACACAAUGAAUUGAUUCAUUUACUUAUCUACCAGUCACUUCUCAACACAAUGAAUUGAUUCAUUUAUCUACCAGUAAAAACUUCUCAGGCACCUGUUCCUUCUACUCAAUGAAUUGAUUCAUUUGUCUACCAGUAAAAACUUCUCAGGCACCUGUUGUUCCUUCUACUCAGGAUCGGCAGAAAUGCAGGCAAAGAAAUGAAGAGUUUAAAAUUGAAGAUCUAAUUCUUAGGUGGAUGAACUACAACGGCUAUUGCGGGAAUGCGGACUUCGUUUUCCGUUUCAUGGUCAGCUAUCACGACGGUCUCCGGAUCCGUUUGUACAACCCCUUCUGCACCCUAUUUGAUGUGAUGCAGAUCGAGCGUUUGUGCAAAAUCCACGUUGUGCAGGGCGGCGGCACGCACCUUCUGGCCAUGCCUUCGCGGUUGAACCAUGGUACAGCAGCUUCACCUGGAGACGGAUCGAUGUCGAUUUCCAAGGUCGGCGCAAAGGGGGACGCCAUGGGGAUGGUCAACGUGGUACAGAGCAAGAUCGAGUUGGCAAUGCAACUUGCAGGAGCGGGACUCGGACAGGGCUGUGAUGUAGCACAAAAUGUCUUCUCCGGAGCUGCGGCAGGAACCACUGUUAAGGCUUACCGUAAUUCAUCUUCUGAAGCAUCUACUCAGAGUCAUUUUUCAAGGGGAGAACGGUCUCGGGAUGGACUUCGAGAUGGACUAGCAGGGUGAGCUCUAACACUGGCCAUGGAGGCGUGGUGAUGUUCCACCACGAUCAGCAAGUGAUGAACCAGCAUGAGGACGGUCAGAUUGUCGUAGGAUCUUCAGGACACAACGAUGUAAUGCAAAAUGCGCAUCAUUUGAGACACGUGCAAACGAUGGGAAACUUGCCGAUCGUCGAGAUGUUCCCAGGCGCGCUGCAAAUGGAGGUAGCGGUCUUUCUGUCGCAGCUGGUGCAGCAGCACAGGAGCCUAGUCAUGGUGUGGCGCCACGUUUUCAACAGCAAGCAUUUGGGCAGUGUGGGUUUUUUGCCGUUUUCGAGAGCCACAAGAUUCGCGCAUACCUACCUGAACAUCCACCGAGUGUACGACACCCUGGUCUUCUUUAACUCACGAGGCACGCAUUUGAGUCCGGAGCUCACUGUGAAGGCGCACCUGUUGCAACGCGACUUGGACAUGAAUACGGCAGCGGUUUUGAAGAUGCGGAAAAAACGUGAUCACGCAGCUCUCGCUAAACAAAGGGAGGAGUUCUUCGGUAGUGUGACCAACAACAUUGUCGAUGGAGGUGGUGGAGGUGCUGGCAAAGGAGAGCAGGAGGCUGCCAGUUCCAACCCGAAAGACCACGCUUUGCACCCGGACGAGCACCACUCCUUUGGCCACCUGCACCACCGCAAGAGCGUCAGUCACUCCUUUAUGGUCCGCCACACCUUGCUCGCUGACGUGGUCAGACCGAACAAAGCCCAUGGCUUGGACAGCAAGAGAGGUAAUACUAAACUCUCCUCCUCGUCGUCGUCUAGUUCUGCAGACGGUGCGGAUGGCGGUGGCUCUGGCGGUGGGCUAUUCGUGCAUAGCAACAAGUACCAAACAGGAACGUUGCAGAAUCGAAUUCUAGAUUGGAACCAGUUUAGUCGUGAGUUCAUCAACGAAAACCAGCUUGACUACAAAAGCUUCAAUCCCUUUGGAGAUUUGGUUCUCUCGCUCUUUGUGCGCCAGCUGUGGUUGCGGUUCGGAAAACACGGGGACCCCUUCGCAAAUUUGACUCGCGAGUACUGCAACGAGCACUCUGUCAUUCGCAUGGAGGACUUUUUCCUAGUAUGCGUUGAGCUUUUCGGCGUUGAUAUUCUGGAUCCUGGCUACGUGGUGGAAUACUUGACAUCCUGUCUAGAUCGCGUGGACGAGCGCGCUGAUAAGUGCGUCAUUGACGAGUACAUUUUGGACAUCGUACAGGAGAGCAUGGGACUUCGUGAUGAAGAGAAUGCAGAUCAGCAUGAUCCUGGCAACGAUGGACAGCAAGAUGUAGAGAUGAAUAAGAAGAAGCGGCCCUCAUCUGUUGAUGGUAGAAAGACUACGAGUCCUGAUGACUAUAAUGUUCCUGGUGUAAGAACUACUUUUCAUCAAUCUUCAGCUGAAGAAGACGACGCGGCCGCUGCUGAGCCUGGGGGUGGCGGUCGGGGCGGAGCCUCAAAAAUGUUCAUGACGGAAAACACGACGAGUGCUUCUCAAGCAGGACGAGCCCCCUCCGUACGAAAGGUUCGCGAAAGUGUAGAGACCUCCACGGCAAUUACACUUCCAAUUCCAGCAUUCACAUCAAUGCAAGAAGAGGAUGAGGAACACGAAAAUGCUGGAGCUGAAGAUGAUGCUCGUCUUGUUGGCGCUCCAACCAUGGAAAAUGUAAAUGAGGAAAUUGUAGAGGAACUACAAGGUGGAAAUAAUCAAGAUCAAGUUCUUGAAAAAAUAGAAGUCGGCGACACGGCAACGAAAGUUCCAGGCAUCAGUAUUAUAGCAUCAGCAAAUUCUGCAAAAGACCACGAGGCAAGUGCGGAGGUCGCAGACGACGGACCAUCUGCUGCUGCGGCUGUGCGACGUUCCUCCGCAAGGACAAGGGUCGUAUCAGCUGCAGCACGCAGCUCAAUCGCAGUUACGAGGUUGUCAAGAACAGGACCACGCGCCUCAGCCGCAGGGGCCAGGUCAUCAAGAACAGGACCACGCGCACCUGAGGUGGAUAUUUCUGCCGCAACGUCUUCACAACCACGACAGUCACAGGUGGAUUCUACUAUUAAUCUUGGUGAGGAUGAGGAACUAUCUCCUCCUUCUCCUAUUGGUUCCGACGAGGACCUUGGAGAUGAACCAGGUGACGACCCGAGCCGCGCAGGAGGUCCUGUUGCGCUCUUCUAUGAUGAGCCGGACGAUGAUAGUACUUCUGCGCAACAAGAAGAAUCUCUACUGCAGGUACCUGCGGAUACUUCUGCUGCGUCGUCGACCUUACGACGAAGCCGAGCUUCAGUCAGAGCGUCAACAUCACGCCGCUCGAAGAGGGAUGAUGAUGUUCCUCUUGGUGGAUUAAUUGAAGGUGGCUCAACUGCUCCACUUAACGAAGCUGAUGCGCCUUCGACCUCAGCUCCACGUAAAAGUACCAGAGCUAGCAGGAGAGCUUCCACGGUGCAACCACGUGGUGGAUCGCAAAUGCUAGGGGAUCAACAAGCGAUGGAAGGUAUAAUUGCAUCUUCUCCAGACGACGGCGAAGGAUCCUCGGAAGCAUUGCGUGAUGAACUAGGCUUCUCAUUUGAUGAUGUUGAUCCAACUAAUAAUUCUGUACCUCCUGCUGUUGCUCGGCCUCCAGACUCCAACGCUGCGUCUCCAGACUCCAACGUCUCUAGUCUGAUUGAAGACCCAUUAGACGAGCUUGGGAUCGUUGAAGAUGACGAUGCGCCAAGAAGAGGAGAUGGCGAAAACGAUCCUACUGGAGUGGUUGAUGAAGACGCGCAUAGUCCAGACGUGGACGAACAGAUCUUCGGGGCAGCUGGUGGUGCUCCAUCAGGUGGAGGUAACGAACUUGGCGCUCCUCCUGUGGCGCUCCCACACCUGAGAAGCAGCAAGAGAAUAAGUCAGUCCACAAGAGUUUCGGCAGCAAAUGCAGUUGUGAGUCUUGAUCCUGGAGUCGUUGAUGAAUUGGGAAUAGAUGAUGAGGACUUGUUAAGAGGACCCUCAGCAGAUAUAGAGGAGGAUGCAGGAGCUGCAGAAACACACCAGGAGACAACUGGACAAGCUGCUGCUUCAGUGGAAGGUGCACCACGACGAUCUAGUGUGAAGAAUCAGAUUUCUGUUAGUAGUAGAGCGUCACUUUGCAGGCGAGCUUCCGGCACGGCUCUUGCCAGCAACGACGAUACAACUGCUAAGGCAGUCCCCGAGGGAGGAAUAGUCGUGGAGGACGGCGCAGCGGCCUCUCGUCUUCUAGGUGAAGAAAGUGCAGAAGCUCGACCUUCUAAACAAGAUCAUGAUGAGAUUGAAGCACCAGGUGGACCAGCAGUGCAGGGCGUAGCUCCGCAAAGCAAAGUAAACGGGCGGUCGCCAUCAGUUAGAUUUAGCGAUGCGGCUAAGAAAGAGCAGGAGGUAAAGGAGGAAGAUGACGACGAGGGAGAAGAGGAGGAGCCUCGCGUAGUGCUCAGCGCAGCAGACCGCGAAGAGCUUCGUGAUAGAGCCAAAUUGUCUAGACUUGUGCUGAAGAAAGCCCUGCUACGGUGGCUUUUGCGAAAUUUCGAUCCCUUCUAUUAUUGUCCCGCGGAUCUGAACCGGCGUAGAACGGCAGUCGAAGCCAAGCUAAAGCCGCAGAGCAUACUCGAGGUAGUGGACAAAAAACAGGCUGCAGCUGCGCCUCCAGGAGGAGUCCGUGCUUCGGCGGCCACGAAGCAGGGCUUGCGGCCAGGGGGCAGCAUCAUGGCCGACGCAUCAGGAGCAGGCCGACGCAGCACUAGACUAGCAGCAGAACGAACAUCGACCGUCAAGGCUGCUUUACUAGAGCAAGAAGGCAAAGCAGGAGCUGCGACCCAAAUAAAAGCCGAGGGCGAGGAAGAAGACCCGGACGACGAGGUUGAGGCGGGCGGAGAGGACGCUGAAGAUGCUGAAGAUGUUACCGGAGCGACUGGUACUGCGGGUGUCAAAAAAGCGGGUGUCAAAUUUGCUGUGAGGAUGGUUUCGGACUCGGAGCUCAAGGAAUUCGUACCAGGAGAGAGCGAGACUGGUGUGCGUCGUCGAGGGUCCACAGAGGACUCGAAGGUGAGCGAAUUAGGAGCUUGUGAUCGCAAAGCGCAAUUGCGGGAGUCUAUGCGCGAGCAACGGCGUGAGAAAUCGAACUUCUUGAAAGUGCAGGCGAAUGCCCAGGUAAACAGUGUUCGACAGAGUAACACCUCUCAGGGACAGGCAUUUUGGACCGGGGAGCGCGUCGUACUGGUAGAUCGCGGAAUUCCACGUUCGAGGGGAAGUGUCAUGGUCGCUAGCAGAUUCUCCACGCAAAAAUUUGCGCCGAGUAGAAAUUCGCUCGCCAAGCGUCACAGUCGUUCGUCGCAGAACGACCAAGAACUCCUCGAACAGGUCCGCGAAGCAACAAAGGAUGAAGACGAGGCUCGAGCACAGGAGGAUGAAGAGGAUGGUCACGAAAGAACACAGCCACCAAGAAAGCCAAGUGCUUUGAAACAACCUGGAAUAUUUUCUUCGUCAGCAGGAGGCAAUGCACAAAUAAAGCGUGUAAGUGUAGAUGAUGCACGACCAGUGGUUGCGGCAGUAGGUGCCGCCAUACCUGUAGACGAGGACAACUCAGUCGAUCCGAGGAUGGACACAUGGCAGCUAUCGAAAGACGAGGGAUUUUCAUACGAAGGACUCAACGAGGCACCAGUGGUCGCCGCAGCAGGUGCCGCCAUUGUUCCCAUAGAUCAUGAAGACAACGCAGUCGAUCCUAGGAUGGCCACGUGGCAGCCUUCAAAGGACGAGGGAUUUUCAUACGAAGGACUUAACGAGCAGCACGACUACGAGGAACACGAGGCCGCUCCACCAGUAGUAACGGAAAGAGCACCAACCUCGGAUGUGGACGUAGUUGUUCGAGCUUCUAGAGGCGAAGGCGCUGCUGCAGGUGACCACAAAGUAGGUCAGAGUGGCGGUGAAGUCGGCCACCACGUACAACAAGAGGAUCCUCAACAUGAAGAUCACGAUCUCUCUGAUGCUCAUGCCGAUGUUGAAGAUGCGCUUGGAUCUGGAGGGGGACCUCUUGAAGACGAAGAUGCUCCAGCACCUCAUGAAGAUAGCAAUGAAGUUGAAGACCACGGCGAUGACGACGAUGCCUUAGAUCUGCCACCUGGAUCUCUAUUCUAUAGCGAACCAGCGACGUCACCUUCUGAAGGUGACGUCGAGCAGCAGGAUGAAGAUGACGAUGAGUUUGAUUUCGCCAUUCCGCUGAGCACACUGCAGCUUCAGUCGAGCCCUCGUGACGUUGACAAUCUUGAAGAAGUCCAUGACCAGGAAGAUGAUUUCUAUGAUGCUCCAGUCAACAUCGAUACGGCAACAGAAGUGGAAGACGAUGUGGGCGGAGAGGAGGGAGAAGGUCGUGAACAUGAGCGUCGUGAUCAAAAUCCAUCACUAAAAAGAGCAGUUACAACAGGUGGAAAUAGCAGCUCGUCUUCAUCGACGAGGAUCAUAGAAGCGCCAAUUUAUAGGCCCCGGCCACGAGAAGAGGUAAAGCAGAGAGGACCAGCACCAGGACUGCUUUUCUAUCCUGAUGGUGAGCGACGUGGUAGCACGAACAGGAACUCUGGCGGUGCUGAUCUUCUCCAUGAUCAGAGUGGAGGUGCCGAACAAUCGACGCAUUCGCAAGGACCUCCAAGGCACAAGCGCGGCUUUGCCUCCAUGGGUAGUCAGGACUUUGACGCACUCCUCAAGGAGAUGCAAGAUGAAUCAGCGGAGAAAAAGAAAUCACCAAUGGUGACAUUCUGUUAAGGCUUACUAGCGAAUGAAGCCCAACUGUUUACCUGGUCGUGCUGGAAGUACAAGUACUAGGUAUAGUUUUCUAGCGAAUGAAGCCCAACUGUUGACCUGGUGCUGGAAGUACAAGUACUAUAGUUUUUCAACUCCUACUUGUUCUGACCUGCUCUGUCUUCUAACACCUGAGCGGGGGGAAAGUAAAAGCCAGCGGCGGGCUAGGUGGAAAGACGUCUGCCGUGCCAGGUGGUGCUUUUCAAAUGAGACGUCCGGCGCCAGCAAGGGUGCCCAUUGGUGGAGGCGCGUUCGCAAAGGGUGGUUUGAAUACCCACAGCCCACAGCAGAGGGUGCGUCAGCAGCAGCAGAUGGCGCCAAGGGCGCUGAAAGACUUGGCCACGGAUAUUCGUGCGGCCCUAGGGUUGGAGGAAGACGAGGAAGAGGCAGCGGCAGCCAAGGUCGGAUCAGUUUCUUUCGCAUCGGCUCGUGGUUCGGGGAGCGGCAGUUCGCGUUCGGGUGGCCCUACGGGAGGGUUGGGGAAACCAAGAGGAAGCUUAUGGUCAGCGUUUAUUCAUCUUCCUCAGUACCUCUUCGGUGCCCUUUUCUUUGCCCCCAUGAUAGAAGAACACAAGGGUCGAGACUAUAAGGGGUCGAGAUUAAGGGGAAAAAGGGGUCGCGAUUAAGGGAAGAAAGGCUCACUGCUUUAACAAGCGUGUCAGGAGCCCAGAUCUUAAAUGGUGACGAUUUCGGCGCCUACUUCGGGGACCUGUUUAAAACAGGCGAAGCGGAGGAGGAUAUCGCAAAACAGUUUGGUCUGGAAGUUAAGCCUUGAUAUUCCGCAAAUCCAUCUUCAGGAGCAAAUCCAUCUUCAGAAGCAUCCUGAAAGAAACCUUUUGAUUAUUAUAAGUAUGAAAAUCUUCCAGGACGAUGCAAAUUAGGAGGAUGGAUCAUCUAGGGAAGAACUAUGUCUAAGGAAUGCCGCGGACGUCGCAGUGGGCGGUCCCCGGGCGUCGACAGUAUGGCAUUCUCCUUCUCCGACUCGAGCGACUCGAGUUCGGAUGGAGGGUCUAGUGACUCUGAUGACCCUGACGGUAUUAAGAAGGGACGACGAGGAAAGACAGGCGCUGUUGGUGAUAGCACUGGAGAGGACAGCGCAAAAUCUGCGGAAGACGAGAUGGCACGCAAAGAGGCUGAGGCCGCAGCCAAAAAUUAAGACUUACACUUAUCCAUCUUCUGAGGCAUCCUGAAGAGGGGGAUUUCCAAGGGAAAAGCGCGCCCAGGCUGCGUCUCAAGAUGAAUAAGGGUGAGCUCUAAAAAAAGCUAGAAAAACAGAGGAAAAAGGAAGAGCGGGAGAGAAAGCGAAAGCAGGCUUUGCGAGAACGACAGAAGAGACUAAGGCAGAAGCAGCGAGAGCAGCGAAAAAAGCAGGCGGAACGUGAACGCGAGCAAUUGCGUGAGGCCAAUAAGCGAGAUCCUUUAUUCGAUCGCAUUUUCGGUUCCUAUCUCGCUAACGCACGCCUCAUGCAAGAAAAGCUGCUGUCUGCGAAUCAAGUCCUCCUUCCCGAACUAGAGGACGACGAGAUCGAGUUCAUUAUCCAGGACAAUUUCCCGGACCUCGUCCACGACCAGUGUGCCCAAGACUUCUGCAGUUUCAUCAGUCGUGAGACCAAGAAACUCGAUAAAAUCGGCAAUCUUGGUCAUCUUGCGCAUGCACGCUAUUUCGCGCAACCAAGUUAUCUCGCGUCAAGUCUCAUGCAAAAGAUUGAGGGUACACACGAUGGAACAUACCGACCGUUCCUAGGAGAAAUCUUUCAUAACACUCUACUUUCUAUUCAUUUUGAUUCUUCUAAUAUCUAAAAUUUGUAACACUCAGGACGGUAGAUCAAAAAAUAACUUCGUGACGUCACCAGGUAGCGUUUCUUCGACCCAAGCGGCAUUGGACAACGUGAAUAGUGCUGGCGCGCGCGGAUCGGCUAAGAGAGUGAGCCGUGCAACCAUAUCUUCUGGCACGUCUAGCAAGUCUGGGACGUCUGGUGCUACAGUUAAGGCUUCCCCAAAUUCAUCUUAAGAAGCAUUAGCAUCUUUGAAACGUUGUUUUCAAGGGGAAAACGCUCUCAGGAUGAACUUCGAAAUGAAUAAAGGUAUUACGGUAUGAGCGGAAAAACUUUUAAAGUGCACUGUCAGUUUUUAAAGUGCACUCGCACUCAAAAAAGUAGCUACUUCUCUACUUAAAUCUUAGCCAAUUGCAGUGCGCAACUCUUUCCUUUCAUAUAAGGAGGCGUUGUGCUAGCUGCGCAAACGCAGACGGGACCCAACUGCGUUGAGCAGUAUUUGACGCUUUUCCAUCGGCAUUGUACCGUUGGCACGAUUCCUAGACGCGAGAUGCGACAGGUAGCCCGCGUGAUGCAGGCAAGAAUGGGAUACUCUCCAGCCUAUUGCUGCACGCAUUUGCUAGGGGAGGACGUGGACAGACCCGGUUUCUACCAGAAGAAGUCCAACUUAAGGCCGCUUCGCUUAAUCUGAUCCAUCUUAUAAAAACUCUAGAAUAAUUUAUAGUGAGGCUUUUAAUAACGAUUGAUUAAUCCACUUUCAUCUAACCUAUCUCCAUUAUAGAACGGAUGUAGGAUGUGGAUGGACUUGGAUGGAUCGGAUGGACCCCCCUAAGUCUUCCGAUCCUACUUGAAAUGGUGGGAAAAUCCAUCCGAUCCAUCCAAUCCCGGAUCUGGCACCCCUAUAAGUUAUUCUAUUACUCAGAGGAGUCAUCCUAUUCCUAGGCGAGAAGAGUAGAGGCUCCGAAAAGCGAAAAACAAGCUUUUUAUAGGACAUGCGUCGCAGGAUGGAUUAGGUUUAGGGCGAGCUCUAAAAAUCAAAGGAGCUACAGGCGAUGGAACCCGAGAGGAGGACGACAAGAAGAGCAAAGAAGACCUGUCCUUAAGCCUAAUACAUCUUUGGACGCUGCAUCCUUGAUGGAAUUUAUGGGCGAGGAGUACCAACCUAAGGAAAGAGGACUCCCCCAUUAUGCUUUUCAUCAAGGAUGCAGCACUUGAAAGAUGAAUUACGGACAGCUCUAAUGUUGAGUCAGUCAAGCGUAAAUUCUGCAGUGCUACUGCGCGCAGCGGGUGGCGCGCGUACUGUCAACUGCAUUCUCACGCGUGCAAAGCACAUGCGCUUCGUAAAAGCUCCUAUACCAGGAACCUUGGACAAUCCUGGCACGAUGCACAUGCUCAGAAAUAGGUGGCACCAUCCAGCCGAAACGUGGGCUAUGCAGGAGUGCGACUGGUACGCAGAGCUGCAGAGGCGGCACCAGUACCAACUCUACCAUCAGGACCAGCUAGAGAGAUACAACGAGCGGGUGAAGAUAAUAGAGCAACUACAACUAGAGUUAAGAUGACUUCGAAAAUUUUCUAAGAUUUUUGAUCUUCAAAACAAGCAUCUUCCUGAACCUCCGUCUAAGGGAAGAACGGGAGGUUCAGGUGGUCUUCAAAACAAGCAUCUUCCUGGACCUCCGUCUACUAAGAGGGGAACUGCGGGUUCAGGAUGACUCUCGAGAGAGGAUGACUUUCGAGGAUAAGGUCCUCUAAUACAGGAUCAGGCUGACGACCAAGCUGCAACGGGAGACGGAGCAGGUGAAACUCCUGACCUCCUAGCAGGCAUGACCGGAAACGACCUGCCACCGCGUCCCAAAGCAGUAGUACUUCCAGCUAGAGCCACCACCAUGAAGUGGGAGGACCUGGUUGGGGAAGUGUUCUGCAGUUUGCCUCUUGGCGACCAAGUGACUAACCCGUUGAGCACCUUUGAGGUGAAUCCUCAUCAUCUGACCUUUUUCAACCACUGGUUUCCAGACAUGCGACCGGAUAACUACUCCAAUGAAGACUUGCUAGUUCACUUUGUUCGCCAUCUGGUUGUGAGGCAAGGUGUGAAGAAACUGUUUGCCGGAUCCAUAGCACCGGUUAACGUGCCAGGCAAGAAGAUGAGGAAGCACGGCCACACGGCGACUUCAUUAGCGGGUGUCCACGUUAUGAGUAUAUGUAUAGGAAAUCCAUCUCCAAAGUCAUCUGGACUAAGAAAAUUUAAGAAGGAAAAGGAACAACCCAGAUGAUUUGUGAGAUGAAUUCCCGAAGAUACCUCUAACCACGGAGGCGGCGCCAAUACGGAGACAACCAGCGGUGGCGCCGCAGGAUCAGGCGCCCCAACGUCUCAGAGCGCUCAAGGUGGUUCAUCAACGCUCUCGGGAGUGCUUGCCCUGUGGACAGACUUGCAUAGCAGCGCGCAGCGAAUCGAAGCACUGCGCAGAAAGUCUACAGAGAUCCGGAAGGAGGAAGUUGCACGAGCGCGCUCUCUGACGAAAGCGGCGUUUGAAAAGAAAAAACUUGCGUUAACAAAGAUUAUGGGUUGGUUAAAGGUGCUUUUCUUACCGCUUUUUAUGCCUCUCCUAAGGGAGAAAGGCACAACAAGCGGGGUAAGCGAGCACCGAAAACCUAUCUCUAAAAAGAAAGCUGCUAAAGCAGGAGGAGCACACCAGGAGGCUUUCACCUAUUCGAAGAAAGACGUUACCGACCACGUUGCGGCAAAUCUGCCUCACAUUCUGGCAUCUGCGGAGAAAAAGAUAGAUCGCAUGUACAAGUUGAUCUACUACGGCAGCGACGCUGUGAUCACCCAAGAAGCAGAAGAGAAGGACGCAAUACAACGGGCACGCGAAGAAGCCAGAAGAGCGGAGAAGGCGGCCAGAAGGGCGACUAGAAGUACUCGACGGAUGAGCGCUGCUGCGACGAGUGGAGAUGCUGUCCCUGAAGAGGAAGAAGAUGCUACCACCACCGAAGACGAGGCGGAGGCUCUAGAACACGAUUUUGACUUACGGCUACAAUAAAUGAGCAUCUUGCUUCACAGGCAUGAAGAUCCUGAGGCCGUUUUUCAAGGGGCGGAAAGCAGGCCCAAGAUGCUGCUGAAGAUGGAUUUCGCCUAGAAUCUAAUUGACGAUCCAGCGGCCGAGGAAGAGAGCUGGCGAAGAACCGAGGAAGAGAUGCGGCAACUGCGAAAAGAAACGAGUUUUGAUUAAGGCUCGAGGAUACAAUUCUUUUCGUUCGCCAAGGGUCAUUUUAUUUCUACUUCGGUUUCCUUCCUUUAUUUACUAAGUAGGAUAAUUCUAAAAAUUCCUAGUAUUCCUUCCUUCUAGGAUUGAUUCUAAAGAACGAAGUGAGAGUGAAGAUAGUGAUAAGGCAAGAUGAAAUGCAAUGAGCAUUAUGUUUUGAGGAGCUCCUCUAACUUGAGGCGCGCGAUGAGUUUCAGAUCACCUACAAAACUUUCCGAACGGUGUUGGCGGCUUACGGCUUGCGAACGGACUUUGUGCGGCUCUUCUGCACGCUGGCGUAUAUUGAGCGACAUCGGAGAGUGCCAACGACGGAGGAUUUAGGCCUCGAACACGAUGUACGUGAAUUCCUCAGACCAGAACACAGAGGGGAAUUGCCAGUGUAUGUGAGGAGGGGAAGGAAGUACUUAUAAAUAGAUACAUCUACAUGAUCAAAUGCUCUAUGUGAAUUCUAAGGCCGUUUGUUCUUGAAUUCUGGUAUUGAAAUAAAGAAGCCAGUUAUUGAAAUAAAGAAGGAUCGUUUCUUGAAUUCUAAGGCCAAUGAGAUUGCUAGUUCCGGUACUGGUUGUAGUUCUUUUGUCAUCCUAGACCUAGAUCUACUACAGGAAUAAUGUUCUUGUACUUGUUCUAGUAAUGUUGAGUCUACGUUUUUACUCCUGAAUGUAAGAGAUGGAGAUAGUACUUCUAGAAGUAGAUGAAUCAAAAAAGAGAUAGUAUCACACGACAUCUCGUCCUCAGGCUCGACGCUGAAUUCCUAGAGGCUUACAUGGAGCACGACGACGUGGAUGCUGAUGAGUUCGUGAUAACGCGUUUUGCACUAGAUUUCGUCGUAAGUCUGUACAAACGGAAAGAUGCCGUUUGCAUUGAAUUGGAGAAGAAUGCUAGCGAUUUUGUGAAAGCCAAGAAGAGGCUAGUCGAAAUGGGACCCUCUGCGCAAAAGCUUGAUCCAGAGGAGGAGAAGCGCGCUGGCGCCGGUGGCAAUAAGGAAGUGCACACAAGGUCGCAUGGAAUUUUGAUCAUGCUCUUCGACAUGAUCAACCAUCAGCCGUUGCAGUGGCAACGUUUGAGACAAAUGGUAGCGGUCGGAGGGGAUGCUGGUACUGCUACUGCUAUAAACCAGGUUACUUCUACUUCUUACAUUAUUACUUCUUACUUUUUACUUUACUUUUUACUUCUUACUUCUACUUCUUAGGUUAGACUCUAUAAUUAUUUCUGGCGAAGAUUGACCACUACAUGCUUGAGCUUCUUGAUGUUAUUCAACUCGUAGAUCAUGUGGUUCUUGUAGAUUCUGCUUCUUCAUGAUCGAAAUUCUACUUGUUCAACUUCAUCUUGAACUUCGUCACAACUUUUGUGUGUCGUCGUCCAGGUGUCACGCAUCAACGUUUCCGCGAAUACGCGAAGCUUAUGGGCUGGAGCGGCCCUACUGCGGAUCUGUCCAACACCGUAGUAACCUUAGGAUCACGACCCUGGAAACCUUUUGUUUCGGUGGAUGAUCUCCGCGUCUGCUCUCGCGUGCUCUCCUCAGGUGCGACCAUGGUGAAGACCGGCUCCAGGGUGCAGGGUUUCAAAGGUAACCACGUUGAAAAACGCGUGACAACUCACGCCGCGAGGACAUCGCAGGAAAUACAUGCUAGGGGUGCUAUGCCUGGUGGGGGAAGGGAGUUCGCGUGAGGAGGUGCAAGCAUAAUUUUAUCGAUUGAAGAGUUCGAAGAAAAUUAUCAUGCUCUUCUAACUAGAAGGUACACGAAGGCUAAUAAGACCUCUGUCUUUACUACUAGCAAAAAGUAGAGCGCACAGAGGUACCAUGACAUGACAUGACAUGACAUAACAACUGCAUCAACCCCGUACUAGGUUACAGAAGAUUCAAGAGUCAGAUGUAGUUAUGUUAGAGAAAGUGCUCAGAUGAAAAGGGAGCCAGUAAGUCGUUCCCUUACAGAUAAUGUCACAGAAAAUAACCAUUUCUUUGCAUACAACUGGAACUGAAAGGAAAAACCAUAAUCACCAUGAAUGUCCUACAUCAUCUUCAAAUUAUUCAUGAACCUAUGCUACAACAACUAGUGGGCGCACGAAGCCUAACUUCUACUUCUUACAUAUUAAGUUUCCUAGAAAAAAGAGAAUCAAAAAUUCAGAAAGAAUUCAUCUGGUGUCAUACGAAUUCAUUUCGAGGAUCACAUUCAAUACUAUUCAUAAAAUAUAAAUCGUAAAAAGCCGCAUAAUCUUACACGCAGCGCUAAGCUACGAAUGCAAUUUAAGACUCGAAAAGCUCAGUGUACAAACAGACUAUAUUAAGAUCUUCGAGGUCGUUACUAGAUACGUUGACGACACGCGCGCCUGCCUUGCAUUACGACGUAAUGGUGGACGUCUGACUCGUAAGUCAAAUCCGAUCCGACACCUAACAUCAUAAUGGAAGGCUUUCCUUACUAUAUAGACAACUAAACUCAUAAUGAAAAAUCUGUAAACGCAUGAAAAAGUUUCAAGAUAAGCAUACUACAACGAUGAACUGCUAGAAGAGCAACAAAAACUACGUGAUAACAUGCAAAAGAGUAGAAGAUUUAAGACAAACAUACCGAAUCAUGUAUCCUUCAUAUUUGUUGGAUGGCUACUAUUACAUUUAUAUUAUGCUGUUGACAAUGUAUCGAUUUGUCUUGCGACAUGAUUGCACAGUAAGAAGAUGAAUAUGUAUCAAAAACGACUAC